UGGCCUAAAACCAUGCAGAGAAAUUAGGACCACUCGUGCACACGACAUCUUAUCUUCCCUCGUACCAAUUUUUCGUCACUCUCUCCACAUAAACAAAGGAUCAGAAAAUGCAGAAUUCAAUGGCAUAUACUAUCUAUAGAGAAUAAUAAAUUUCAAGAUGUAAGGGAAGUUAUUAGAAAAAAAAGAAACCAAAAACAAAGCCAAUGGCGUUGUCUCAGUCGUCGCCUAUCCUUCCUCAAAACCCAGCGAGCUUCGUUGGGCGUCGACAGAGAGAUGGCUGCAUCAAAGGUACGAGGAGAUACAGGGCUGGAUUGAGCUCGGGGUACGGCCAUGUGGCGCAGAGCUGGAUUAGGGUUUUUCACUUCCUGCGGGGUACGGCCAUGUGGCGCAGAGCUGGAUUGAGCUCGGGACUGAACCUCCGGAAGCUCUCAACCGCAGUACGACGCUGUAUCGAGGACGAAGGCGACUGGUCCUACGCCUCGGAGUGGCGGGGGGAAGAAUCCGAAGGCCACACCGUCCUCCGCUCCACAUCCGACAAAGGCAAUGGCGUUGUCUCAGUCGUCGCCUAUCCUUCCUCAAAACCCAGCGAACUCCAUUGGGCGUCGACAGAGAGAUGGCUGCAGCAAAGAUACGAAGAGAUACAGGAGUGCCGUCAGGACAGCGAGAGAUUCAGAGUGCUCGGAUAUCAAUGGCGCGCUCUCAGCUUUAACGACGACACCCGCCAGAGCACCGUUAAGGUUUUGGCUGCCUAUCGGCGAUCGGAACCGGAAUCGAUCGCCCUUAUGCAGCAGCCUCAUUGCUUGGCUCUUCCUUAUCUUAAGAGUAUGAUAGCAGCUGGGUUGGCCACUAUAGCAUCUUGUAAUUACAAUCUCAUGAACGCGGUGACUGGGACCGGAAAUAUUCGUAUAUUGUGCAUUGGUCACGGUGGCGGAAGCUUACCGUUGUUUUUGGCUAGUAAACUUCAAGGUGCUAUUGUUGAUGUAGUUGAAAUCGACCCUCUUGUUAUCUCAGCCUCAGUUCGAGCCAUGGGAUUUCCGGCUUUCUCAAUUAUGACUCCAUCAGGCAAGCGUGCCGUGACACCCAACACCAUGGACACCGUUAUGUGGAAAGGCAUCCACGAGAGGCUGUUCCUCCAUGAAUCCGAUGCUGAGGAUUUCGUUCUCAACACCACCAUUCAGUAUGAUAUGGUCUUCGUUGAUGCUUAUGAUGGGGAAGACAUAUUCCCACGCAAGUUAUGGGAUCCACAUUCCCCAUUUCUAAAAGCCCUCAGUAGCCGGCUUCACCCGGAUCAUGGCACAGUUGUGGUGAACCUUCAUUCAGAUUCUGAUAUCUUGAACCCUGACGGUUCUGCACCAUCCGUUCUGCAGCCAACUUUGCCAAUGGGAAAGUACGUCUCGAGGGUUUGCCUGCAGGCAUACAAGGAUGUGGUAGUGGGAGGGAAAGAUUCUGGUUUGGGGUUUACAGUAUCAGUUCCGUGGCUGUGCAAUUCUUCUCUGGUCGUGUGCAGAGGUUUUGUGGUUACGGGUGAGGAUUGCAACAGGGAUGUGAUCAUGGAGACCCUGAUAUCCAAAUCAUUUGAAUUGGAAAAUGUACUAAACUUACCAUUCUCCUGUUUUGAGUAUAUAAAGAGAGGUUUUAUACUUGUUGAUUAAUUUCA